AUGCUGCCGUCGGCCACAAGCCUCCUACGGGGGCCGUGUCUCGGGCUUCGAGCUGCUGCGCUUCGCCUCGCCAGGCUACAGGUACCUCACGUCUGCGCUGUGCGGCUUAUGAGAUGCAGCAGCCAUCGAAGGGGGGAGGCCCUCACUGGUGCCCCCCUGGAUAACGCCCCCAAGGAGUACCCCCCCAAGAUCCAGCAGCUGGUCCAGGACAUUGCCAGCCUCACGCUGCUGGAGAUCUCUGACCUCAACGAGCUCCUGAAGAAAACACUGAAGAUCCAAGAUGUUGGAUUGAUGCCGAUGGGUGGCAUGGUGCCUGGGGCUGCCCCUGCCCCAGCAGCCCCGGAGGCAGCAGAAGAAGACGUCCCCAAACAAAAAGAACGAACACAUUUUACUGUCCGCCUGACAGAGGCAAAGCCCGUGGACAAGGUGAAGCUGAUCAAGGAGAUCAAGAACUAUGUCCAGGGCAUCAACCUCGUCCAGGCAAAGAAGCUGGUGGAUUCCCUGCCUCAGGAAAUCAAAGCCAACGUGGCCAAGGCCGAGGCCGAGAAGAUCAAGGCAGCCCUGGAGGCAGUGGGCGGCACCGUGGUUCUGGAGUAA